ACAUCACAUCACUGUUUUUCCGCAUCAUCAAUUCUACGCUCAGUAGCCUAGUUCAUAACGCCUCUGAUGGGAUACACGAUGAUCACGACGACGAUUACAGCAAACCAACUCGCACAACGCGUGGUCCAAACCCACUCCAACCCCUUGGGUGAAGAAGCGGCGAAGCUCGGGUUGCAUCACUUACUGGAGGUCGAUCUGGGCAGCCACGCAGACCGUGAAGCGCAGCAACCAAUUGGAAACUGGAGACGCAGGGUGACCAAAGUUCCAUGGAAUGUCUCUGAAUGGAUGAAGUAUGGCGUCGUCGCCCAGGUGAGGAAGAUCGUCCGGGCGGUGCAGGAUGGGCGGGACGACAAGGACAUCCCGCCCAUCGACGCACUUCGCUUGAAGAAUCUCUGGAAGUAUGAAUGCCCUGCCCUGCCUCUCUCCCAAUCACUAGAUGGCCUGCGACCACGCCUCCUCGAACUGGCCUGUGGAUAUGAAGAAUACUGUUCACUCCGUGAAUUCGGCAUGCUGCACACACCCUUCCAGGUCGAGUCGCUUAUUAUCACCGGAGCAUGCGAGCUAGAAGCCAGUUCCGAAAGCACCCAGCUGGCGCACAUGACAACCCUCCGCCUGCAUUUCUGCUGCGGAUUAAGCCCUUUCUUUCUAUCGCCCGCGCUCAAGCUGAGAACGCUACAAGUAGAGGAAAACGACGCGAUGGACACGAUAACUCGGCUGUCCAACUGUACUCAUGUGCUAGAGGGCCUCGAAGAGUUCAUACUAACCGGCACCAACGAGUGUGAUCUUUCUUCUACUGAAUACUGGGAAUUUCUGGCCUCUAUUCAGAAAAUGUCACACCUUCGACUGCUACAACUGUCUCAGCGAUUGCCAUUCACAGGGCUUGCGCUGGAUGCGCUUCCCGAAUUCCUCCCCCAAACUCUCGAACGCUUCAGGUUCUGGGGCGCCCCUGGGACUAUUACCGACUCCACACAAUGGACUCAGAGGCUGGGAGCCAAGUCCUGGUUACCGAGUCUCCAGGAGUUUGCCUUGUCGUUGGAUAUGCCCGAAGAAUAUGCGGCAAGGAUAGCUGUUCGAGCACCAUGGGAGCGAACCGGCGAACAUGAGUCGAGAGGACAGCAAACGACGACAUCGGACAACGUUUGCUCCGAAAUCACCAGGGCAAUGGUAGAAUAUCGACCGGAGGUGGUGAUCAUUCGUGCAUGA